CCGUCAUUGACCUGCAGCAGCUUCUCGUGCUAUAUGCACCCUUUCAUUAGUUCCUAGGCUGCUGUCGAUUGCCUCAACGAAUUUUAAGACACUUCGCACUUUAGACGUUAACAACGAAACACCCGCAACUGUGAACCGCCGACGGACCUAGGAACGUGCAUACUCGUGCGCAAGAAUCAUCCGCACAAAGACCUUUCUCGCAAAUAGGGCCGACGGAAAAAGUACUCAAGGUAUAGGACGCAUUACUGGAGAAUGCAACGUCUGAUCUCCCCAGACCAACCUGGCGACUUCGGACACAAAUUCUGGUCUAGAAUGGACCCAUGACCUGCUCGCUUCAGGGCGAUAAUUGUUAUGUCUUUGCGGCCAACGACCGAAGUCCAACCGUCAAAUCUGCCAAGCCUACGGAAGUAACGUGCAUGUCUCCUAAUAUUUGCUCCAGUCUUCGUUCGAAUGUUGGCGUGACUACUUCGGUACAUGUACAUGGUCGUUAGAACGCGACCAGUCAUGCAACAACCCAUUGUCAAUGAAUGGGAUGUCACCCCCUGACCUGAGUAAUGUCGGACUGAUGUUUACAUGGUCAGAGCACAAUUUCUCCGUUCUCUGUAGUGGUCUAUCGACUCUUUUGAAGAUUGUUCACCCCAGCACUGAACGGAACUCAGUCUAUAAAGACUCGCUUUGGGGAUCGGAAAGUGACAAGCUGAAGAGUCCCAGAGUACCUACUGUGCGACGCCUUUCUUCUCAUUCCCUAUAACACUUCGCUGACCUAGCCCUAUUCCAAUUCUUUCAGUCGGCGUCAUUGGUCUGUCGACUUCAUACAUAUUCUCGCCUUCGGCCAUGUUCCGUACGAGUGUCCUCGUCGCUUUCUCUCUCCUCGCCUCCGUGUACGGCCAGCAGGUCGGUACGCAACAGGCUGAGAACCACCCAAAGCUCACGUCGCAACACUGCACUAAAAGCGGCGGUUGCACCGCUGCGCAGACAUCGGUUGUACUCGAUUCUAACUGGCGUUGGCUGCACACAACCAGCGGUUACACGAACUGCUACACCGGCAAUGCGUGGGAUGCGUCUCUCUGUCCUGACCCUGCUGCUUGCGCACAAAACUGUGCUCUGGACGGUGCCGACUACUCUGGCACUUAUGGUAUCACAUCUUCUGGCGAUGCUCUCACCCUCAAGUUCGUGACGGGAAGCAACGUCGGAUCUCGUGUGUAUCUGCUCCAGGACGACAGCACGUACCAGCUUUUCAAGUUGAAGAACCAGGAGUUCACGUUUGACGUUGAUAUGUCGAACCUGCCUUGUGGUCUCAACGGUGCAGUCUACUUUGUCGAGAUGGACAAGGACGGAGGGACAUCGAAAUUCCCGAACAACAAGGCUGGAGCCAAGUACGGCACCGGCUACUGCGACUCACAGUGUCCUCAUGACAUUAAGUUCAUUAACGGCGAGGCUAAUAUUCUCGGCUGGAACGGCACAUCUACCAAUUCCGGUGCUGGCCAGUAUGGCACAUGCUGCAGUGAAAUGGAUAUUUGGGAAGCGAACGUGAACGCAGCCGCAUACACGCCUCACGUUUGUACCGCUAACGGGCUGACUCGCUGCUCUGGAACCCAGUGCGGUGACGGUGACAACCGUUAUGGUGGUAUCUGCGACAAGGACGGCUGCGACUUCAACUCAUUCCGUAUGGGUGACCAGACCUUCCUCGGCAAAGGCCUCACCGUCGACACCGGCCGUAAAUUCACCAUCGUCACUCAGUUCGUUACCGCCGACAACACUACCUCUGGUGCGCUCACCGAGAUCCGCCGUCUGUACGUCCAGGAUGGCAGGGUGAUCCAGAACUCGAACGUCAAUAUCGCGGGCAUUGACCCAGUCAACUCAAUCAGUAACAACUUCUGUGCUCAGCAGAAGCAGGUGUUCGGUGACCAAAACUACUUCGCUACCCUUGGUGGAUUGACGAAGAUGGGUCAGGCAUUGGACAAUGGCAUGGUGUUGGCGUUGUCGGUGUGGGACGACUACGCCGCUCAGAUGCUCUGGCUGGACAGCAGCUACCCGACUGACAAAGACUCAUCUCUCCCUGGAGUAAAGCGCGGACCUUGCCCGACGACCUCUGGUGUCCCCGCCGACGUCGAAUCCCAGUCCCCCAAUGCGUCUGUUGUUUACUCGAACAUCCGCUAUGGUGACAUCGGCUCGACGUACAGCACCACGGGCUCUGGUGGAGGUGGAGGACCAGGCACAACGACCGUCUCAAGCCCUGGCGGUACGCCUACGGGUGGUGCUGGUACAGUUGCUCAAUGGGGACAGUGUGGCGGUAUUGGCUAUAGUGGUCCUACUGCCUGCGUUUCUCCUUACACUUGCCAUGUACUCAACGACUAUUAUUCUCAAUGCUAUUGAUGACGCUGUAGGUUCAGUUCAAAUUGUCGUCCCUGCGUUUGUCCUCUUGGUGCGGUAUGUUUCGUCUAUUUGGGGCUUUAUUGGAUCUUGCAAUAUGCGGGUUUACAUUUUAUUAUCCGCAUAUCAUUCUGGUUGACCUGUUUGCGAGCUCAACGCAUGUAUAACUUAGGUAUAAAAAGGAAUACAUGCUAUCGUUAUUAACGAAUCGCUUCGAAAGU